CUCACCACAGAGGGUACUGCUUGCUCUCCUCACAGCCAUGUCAUCAUCCCAGCGAGUGGCGCUGGUGACCGGGUCCAACAAGGGCCUCGGCUUCACCAUCGUGCGUGACCUGUGCCGGCAGUUUUCGGGGGACGUGGUGCUCACGGCGCGGGACGAGGCGCGGGGCCGCGCGGCCGUGCAGCAGCUCCAGGCCGAGGGCUUGAAUCCCCGCUUCCACCUGCUGGACAUCGACGACCUGCAGAGCAUCCGCGCCCUGCGCGACUUCGUGCGCAAGGAGUACGGGGGCCUGGACGUGCUGGUCAACAACGCGGGCAUCAUAUUCAAGCCUGGUGAUCCCACACCCUUUCAUAUUCAAGCAGAAGCGACCAUGAAAACAAACUUCUUUGGUACCCAAGAUGUGUGCACAGAACUCCUGCCUCUAAUGAAACCCCAAGACAGAGUGGUGAAUGUGUCUAGGAUAAUAAGCCUCAUAGCCCUUAAAAAGUGCAACCCAGACCUGCAGCAGAAGUUUAUAAUUGAGACCAUCACAGAGGAGGAACUGGUGGGGCUCAUGAACAAGUUCAUGGAAGACACAAAGAAAGGCGUGCACAGGAAGAAGGGCUGGCCUAAUAGUGCCUAUGGAGUGACAAAAAGUGUCACGGUCCUCUCCAGAAUCCAUGCCAGGAAACUGAGUGAGCAGAGGAAAGGAGACAAGAGCCUCCUGAACGCCUGCUGCCCUGGGUGGGUGAUAACAGACAUGGCAGGACCUAAAGCUACUAAAAGCCCAGAAGAAGGAGCAGAGACCCCUGUCUACUUGGCCCUUCUGCCCUCAGAUGCUGAGGGUCCUCAUGGGGCAUUUGUUAUAGAGAAGAAAGUUGAACAAUGGGGACCCCUCUAUCAGUUACCUUCAUGGCUCCCAUCUCAAAUCCCACCAUGACUGACCAAAACAACUGUUACACUGUCAAAAAUAUCCUUAUCAAAAAAACAGAAACAAAAAAAGAAUCACUAUCCCUACCAAGUAUUCACAUUGAAUUGGCUACUAAUUCUGUGAAGUUUCUUGUGAUUUCUUCUGUGCUAUGAGAGGGAAAAAAGUAGAAUUGAUGACAAUAAUUAAUGGACAUCACAAAUAAACAAUUCUAUAGUGGUUAUCACGUUCACCUCACAAAUAAACAAUUCUAAGUAAA